UAGAAACUUUAAAUUUAUCUCCUACUUUUGAUCUCUUUUUAGAUACUUCUUCAUCAAUUGAGCUUAGGAAACUUCUAAGAAAACAGAAGACCCAAAAAAAUACACAUACACCAGAUUCAAACACUGAAGUCAAAUUUAGUGCAGACAAUCUAUACAUUGCAGAGCUUGCAGAAGAAUCUUCUCAAACCCCAGUUACAGAAAACCAAAAUACUUCUGACAACCUUUUUGACUCAAAAACUCUUUCGCAAACUACUGAAAAAAAAGAAACUAAAGACAAAGUCAUAAAAACUCUGGAAAGGGUAGAUAAUACUCCAAACUUAGAUCAUGAUAAAGAAAAUGAAAUGAAAGAUGUCUCCUAUACAGCUGUAAUAUCAAAAAAAUGUAAGAAAUCUGACAAAAACAAGAAAACCUCUACUGCAAUGGAACAUGAAAAAGAAGACUCUACAAAGAGUCCUCAGAACCAUCUAAAUUAA